AUGUGCAGAUCAACCUAUACUCGAGCCAUAUAUACCAUCCGGUUCAAGUCGAACAUCACCACUCUGAAGAACGCGCUCAAUGGCCUUAUGGAAGUUCAGAACAAAGUGCAUAAAGACCUCAAAACCUUGGAAGUCAAAGGGAAAUCCUUGAAUGUGCAACUGAGGAGAUGGCUAACAGACGUGGAAGAGACUGUCUCCGAAGCAAACUCAGUGCAGGAAGGACGCGUUUCAUGUGGCCUGUCCUUGAAAUGCAGGCUGAGCAAAAAACUCGUGGUGGUUCUUGAGAAAGUCAAGAGGCUUGAGAAUCAAGGCGUGGAGCUUCUCUACAUAUUCUCCGCGGAAGUCUCCAAGGAGUUUGAACUGAGAAGGGUCCAGAGGCAAAUCGCAGAGAGGUUGGAUAUGGAGAUCAAAUUAGGGGAAGACGAGGAAAAACUGGCGAGAAGGAUUCAUGGAAGGCUUGAGAAAGUCGGUAGCUUUCUUCUCAUUCUUGAUGAUGUAUGGAAACCCAUUGAUUUAUACCAGUUGGGGAUUCCACAAACAGAUGGACACAACAAGGGUUCAAAGAUUGUCUUGACUUCUAGAUUCUUGGAGGUUUGUCAGAGCAUUAAAACGGAUGUUGACUUCAGAGUUGAUUGCUUGUGUGAAGAAGAAGCUUGGGAACUGUUUUGUCAAAACGCUGGAGAGGUAACCAGAUCAGACACUGUUAGGCGCAUCGCAAGAAAAGUCACUCGAGAAUGUGGUGGGUUGCCUUUGGCUAUCAUCACAGUUGGAAUGGCUAUGCGUGGGAAGACGAAGGUCGAGCUGUGGAAACAUGCACUUAAGGAACUCAAGAGCUCGGUGCCUUAUGUCAAGAGCAUCGAAGAAAAGAUCUACCAGCCUUUGAAACUGAGCUACGACUUGCUCGAGAGGAAGACGAAGUCUUGCCUCCUCUUCUGUGCCUUGUUUCCAGAGGAUUGCUCAAUCGAUGUAGCUGAGCUUGUGAGGUACUGGAUCGCCGAAGGAUUCAUAGAUGAAACGCAAAACCAUGGAUACUUAAUGAACCAAGGAGUUACCUUGGUAGAGAAUCUGAUAGACUCUUGCUUGCUAGAAGAAGGUGCUCGUGAUGACACAGUUAAGAUGCAUGACGUGGUUCGAGAUUUCGCCAUAUGGGUCAUGUCUUCCUCGCAAGAUGGAAGUCACUCUCUUGUCAUGUCUGGUAUAGGCUUGCGCGAGUUUCCACAAGAGAAGUUCGUAUCUUCUAUCCAAAGAGUUUCUCUGAUGAACAAUAAGCUCCAAAGUCUCCCAGAUCAGGUGGUAGUGUGUGCUGAACUCUCGGCUUUGCUGCUACAUGGAAACUUUCACCUCGAGAAGUUAUCCGAUACGUUCUUGCUAUCUUUUCCAGCACUUCGGAUUCUGAAUCUAAGUGGGACACGCAUAAGUUCACUGCCCAACUCCCUCACCGAGCUUCAUGAGCUCCGAUCUCUCAUCUUGAGAGACUGCUUCUACCUUGAAGAAGUUCCUUCCCUUGAAGGCCUUACAAAAAUUCAAGUUCUUGAUCUUUGUGCCACUCGGAUAAAGGAAUCUCCAAGAGGGUUGGAAACUCUGAACAGCUUGAGACUACUUGACCUCUCACGGACACAUCACCUCGAAAGCAUUCCCGCUGGAGUCAUCCCACAGUUAUCAAGCUUAGAGGUUCUAGACAUGACGCUUAGUCAUUUCCACUGGGGCGUCCAAGGACAAACUCAAAAGGGACAAGCAACACUUGAAGAGAUUGCGUGUCUCCAGCGUUUAUCUGUCCUCUCGAUCAGAGUCGAAUGUGUUCCACCUCUUUCCCCUGAACACAACUCCUGGAUAGAGAGGUUAAAGAAAUUUCAGUUGUUUAUUGGGCCAACAGCAAACUCCUUACCUACUAAACACGACAAGCGGAGAGUGACAAUAAGUAGCCUCGACGUCUCAGAAGCAUUCAUUGGGUGGUUGCUAGCGAAUACGACUUCCCUAGUGAUGAACCAUUGCUGGGGUCUCAAUGAGAUGCUGGAGAACUUGGUGAUCGAUAGCACGAGUAGCUUCAACACGUUGAGGUCUCUAACGGUGGAGAGCUUUGGUGGAAGUAUAAGGCCUGCUGGUGGAUGUGUGGCGCAACUGGAUCUUCUACCUAACCUCGAAGAACUUCAUCUGCGUCGUGUGAAUCUGGGAACCAUCAGAGAGCUCGUGGGUCAUCUUGGGUUGAGAUUCGAGACACUGAGACAUCUAGAAGUCAGCAGAUGUAGCCGUCUCAAGUGCCUUCUCUCGCUAGGGAACUUCAUAUGUUUCUUGCCCAACCUACAGGAGAUACAUGUUAGCUUUUGUGAUCGGCUUCAGGAGCUGUUCGACUAUUCUCCAGGAGAGGUUCCAGCCUCUGCUUCAGUGGUACCUGCUCUGCGUGUCAUAAAGCUGAGGAAUCUCCCGCGGCUGAAGAGGUUGUGCAGCCAAGAAGAGUCAUGGGGAUGUUUAGAACAUGUGGAAGUGAUACGAUGCAACCUUCUCAAGAAUCUACCCAUCAGCUCAAAUAACGCUCGUGGAGUCAAGGAAGUAAGAGGAGAAACACACUGGUGGAACAACUUAACUUGGGACGAUAACACUACAAGAGAAACCCUUCAACCUCGUUUUGUACCAGCUGACCAAAACGUACUAACCGGCUCUCUUGGAAUCUCUUGUUAUCAGAGCUCCAACAACAAUUAA